AUGUUGGCUGUUGUUGUCGACGACUACGGGUGUCGGCUGGCCGGUGUGCAUAAUUAUCACAUAAUAUGCCCGUGGAUGUGGGUGGCUGAUUUUGGACCAAAUUCGCUCAGUAUGUUGAGCGCAGUCGACUGGCCAUCUUCCAUGUCCUUGCCUUCUAUUCCAAAGCGUGCCACUUCAGCUGGCCUUGUUGUUGAUUUGGCGUCGACCAUCAAGACCAGAUGGCGACCCCUACGCCCUCUGAUGCUCAGAGGCUGUGAUCAACGGCGAGGCAAGGGCAUGAAGGCCAAGAUUCCGGAAGAUGCGGCGCAAGGAUACGGCUACACUCAGUUGAAUUGGAGUCCUUAUAGCGAGCCGGUACUAUCGAAAAGAGUCAAGGCUCUGUCCGACGCGCUUAACAUUGGAACUUAUUACGACGUCAAGGCAGUCAAAGGGCAGGAUCUUGCCAAUGCUCCGUUCAUGGUCUCGACGGCCACGAAACAUUGCUAUACGAGACAGUCGGUCAUGAAGUACUUUGGUGUAGGAGAACAUCCUUUGACGGACAUGUUCCUCCACCAUUACACCUCCAAGAAGCACCGACCAUUAUGGUUGUUUGUCUACAACGGUGACGCCGACCUUCGUCCCGUAGUGAAGACCGUGUGCGUGAACAGGUUGAGGGAGGCCGUCCACAAGGCUCUCAAGGCGAAUGGAUAUGGUCAGUGGGGGGAUCGAUUGCCGGGAUUCGACGACACAUCGGUGCUUCACGGCACCAUUCACGUUCGCAUCUCACACGGCAAGGAGUUCAUCCAGAUGGGCGACCAGGAAAUCCAUGACGCGCUUGACAAACUGAUGAAGAAGCAUAUCAUCAAACAGCUCCAAGUCCCACAAUGGCCGAUGCAGGCUCAGUCUAGGCGGGUUCGUGUUGGCGAACAGUCGGCUCAAAACAGAGGAUACAGCGAUCAGCCGCAACAACGUGGGUCAGGGCAGCCAAGUGCUGGAAGUUAUAGAAACACCAGAGAGACAGUACCAACCGACAUGCGUGCCGGCAACCGGGUUUCGGAGCCAAGGGCGAAGGAUGGAAUUAUCAAAGGAGACGGAUCCAGUUCCCGUGUACAACAGCUUGCCGAACGGUUCCGGACGCGUCAUCAAAAUCCAGGAUCGAAGUAG